GAUUUGGAUAUUUUAGAUUAAAAGGUGUUGAAGAAUAUGAAUUUAUUGGUUGGGGUGGAUCAGGAGGUAGUUUACUUCUUUGGAAUCCUGAAUUGAAGAUUGGUUUUGGAUAUUGUAUGAAUGCAUUUCAUACAGCUUUAUCGGGUGAUGAGAGAAGUUUGAAAAUGCUACGUGAAGUU